AUGCGAGAGGAAGCAAUUUUCAGAUCUGCGGACAUGACUUAUGUGCAGCUAUACAUUCCUUUGGAACUAUCUAGAGAGAUAGUGUGCCUUCUUGGGAACCUUGGAAAUGUGAUGUUCCGGGACUUGAAUGUAGAUUUGAGUGCAUUCCAGCGUGGCUACAUUACCCAAAUUCGUAAGUUCGACGAUCUUGAAAGACUGAUAAACUAUAUGGACGAGGUGACCCAGAAAUAUAGCCAAGAAACUUGGAAAUACACGGUACACAGUGAUAUUGAUAACUCAACCCAACAUCCGAGUUUGAGCCUACUUAUGUCUACGAUGCAAACUCAUUCUCUUGACACCAUAAGCGAUCUGGCGUCUGAAAUUACGGAAUUCGAGACACGAGUUCGUCAAUUGGAUGACUCGCUGAAGAAUUUGCAUAGAAGGUUGAAUCUCCUCAUAGAGCAUCGGCAUACCGCUUAUGAGUGCCAAAGGUACUUGGAGGUGAAUCCUGGGGUUUCAGGGCGAGCUGCAAGGGAGCAAGAAGGGUCGCGACUCAGUGUCGAUGAAUUCCAGCUUGACUCCGAUGAGAUAAGCGAAACGCUGAGCAGCACAUUUUCUUUUGAUGAUGGCGCAAAUGGUGAUAGCAACCUAAUUUCGCUGAACGCGGCGCCAAGAGCCGAAUUGACGUCUGCAGAACUAGAAGAGGGUUUUCGUAUUCGGACUACAAUUAUCGGCUCCAUCAGUAGGAUUAAGGUCGAAACUUUAAAUAAAAUCCUAUUCAGGAUUUUAAGAGGCAAUUUGUUUUUUCACAAUAUUCCCAUUACUGAGCCACUGUUAGAGAACGACCAACCGGUAGAGAAAGAUUGCUUUAUAGUUUUCACUCAUGGCGAAGUGCUUCUUGGAAAGGUUCGGAAGGUAGUUGAGUCCUUGAAUGGUACUAUUUUCCCUACCAACGAAGCAAGCUCCACAGUCCAAAACCUCAAUGCUCAAAUCACUGAUCUGCAACAAAUUUGUCAAACGACAGAGCAAACUCUCUACACCGAGCUUCUGAUAGUUUCUGACCAACUUCCAAUGUGGAAAGCGGUCGCCCGAAGGGAAAAGCUCAUUUACGCAUCGCUAAAUCUAUUCCGCGAAGAAUCACAGGGGCUGGUAGCAGAGGGCUGGAUUCCGUCCAGCGAUUUGGUUGCUGUUUCGAAUGCUUUGAAGAAUCAUAGUGAAAGUAUUGGAUCUGAAAAUAGCGCCGUGGUGAGUGUAAUAAAAACCAAUAGAAAGCCACCGACUUACCACAGAACCAACAAAUUCACUUAUUCUUUUCAGGCAAUUGUGGACGCCUAUGGGGUGGCAACCUACAAGGAAGUAAAUCCAGGCCUUGCGACCGUUGUGACAUUCCCCUUCAUGUUCGCGAUCAUGUUUGGAGACGCAGGCCACGGAGCAAUCCUGUUUAUGAUUGCUCUAUACUUGAUCUUCAAUGAACGAGAAUUUUCGAGAAGCCAAAACGGCGAGAUUUUUGACAUGGCGUUUUCAGGACGCUACGUUAUACUAUUGAUGGGCUUUUUUUCAAUAUACACAGGUCUACUCUACAAUGACAUCUUUUCUCUAUCAAUGACGUUUUUUAAAUCAGGAUGGGAAUGGCCGUCAGACUUUAAGGCCGGAGAUGCUAUCGAGGCAGUUAAAUCAGGAGUAUAUCCAUUUGGUAUUGAUUAUGCUUGGCAUGGCACGGAAAACAACCUGAUCUUUACCAACUCUUAUAAAAUGAAGUUGUCGGUUUUGAUGGGAUUUAUUCAUAUGACGUAUUCGCUUCUAUUUUCUUUGGUGAACUUCAGGUACUUCCACUCAAGAGUUGAUAUAGUCGGGAACUUUUUACCAGGACUAAUUUUUAUGCAAUCCAUAUUUGGCUACCUUACUUGGUCGAUUAUCUAUAAGUGGACGAAGGAUUGGGUAAAGGACGAGAAGGUGGCACCAGGACUUCUAAACAUGCUAAUCAAUAUGUUUCUAGCUCCAGGAGUUGUUGACGAACCUCUUUUCCGUGGCCAAGCAUUUUUGCAGGUUCUCUUCCUAUUAGCAGCUCUUGUUUGUGUGCCUUGGUUGCUUCUUUACAAACCUUUAAAAUUAAGAGCUCAAAACAGAAAUGCCAUUUCCCAAGGCUACCAAAACAUUCACGAGCAGACAGUGACAGAGAGUAUACUGGUGUCUCAGGAAAAUGCAGGCGAAGAUGUGGUCGUAACAGACUACCAUGAAGAGCAUUCCGGCUCCUUUGAAUUCGGAGAUGUUAUGAUACAUCAAGUGAUACAUACGAUUGAGUUUUGUUUGAACAGCAUAUCUCACACAGCAUCCUACUUACGAUUGUGGGCCUUGUCUCUUGCACAUGCCCAACUGUCUAGCGUCUUGUGGUCAAUGACGAUUGCUAAUUCUUUUAGCUCGAAGAACCCAGGGUCUCCACUUGCUGUCAUCAAGGUUGUUUUCUUGUUUGGGAUGUGGUUUGUGUUGACAGUGUGCAUCUUAGUACUCAUGGAAGGAACUUCGGCCAUGUUACACUCUUUACGCUUACACUGGGUCGAGGCAAUGUCCAAGUUUUUUGAGGGUGAGGGCUAUCCAUAUGAACCUUUUACUUUCCAACACGUCGAUCAAGUAGAACCUUGA